AACAAAUAGAAAAUAAAAAUAAGAACUCAAGAUUUGGUUAUCCUAUCCAAUCCUUUUCAGCUCAUUAAUUUAUUGCCACAUACUUCAUACUUCUUACAACAAUGGCCAAAAAGGUUCUUUAUCUGCACCACUUCAUUCAUACUUUCAUAGUCUGUUUAGGGUCACAGUUCUCAGAUUAGAAGAAAAUUCUUGCAAAAAUGGAUGUAACUGCACGGUCUCUUUCCCAAGCUAAGCUGCCUGCAGGCUGCUCCACCUCCGUAUCACCAACUAUCUUCCAUUCAAAACCCUCUAUUCUUGCUCAAAAUUCAAUCGCUUUGCAGUCUCCAAAGAUCCCUUUCUCACAGCUACAAGUUUUCAGAAUCAAAGCCAGGAAGCAGAGGAUUCUUGAACCUGUACAUGCUUCUGAGUCUGAGAUUUCUUCCACUGAUGUUCAGGACAGAUGGCUUCUCCAACCUGUUGGUGAUGGAGACACAAGACACAUAGGAUAUAAGAUGAAAAUGCCAGAUGCUUUUGAAAUUGCUUCUAGUGAGGUGACCGUUGGCCGUCUUCCUGAAAAGGCAGACGUGGUGAUUCCAGUUGCAACAGUGUCUGGAAUCCAUGCACGGAUUCAGAAGAAGGAAGGAAAUCUCUUGGUUACAGAUUUGGAUAGUACUAAUGGGACAUACAUUGAUGACAAGAGGCUGAAACCUGGAGUUGCAGCCAAUGUACCAUCUGGAAGUCUUCUCACAUUUGGUGAUAUUCACCUUGCAAUGUUUCGGGUCUCAAAGCUUGAGAAUGUGGAAAGUGCAAGUAAACCAGAAGAAUCCGAAGAGAAGGCAGAGACAAGUAGCCCAAUUGACAGCGGUGGAACGAGUUGAAAGUUGCCAUCUUUACUACAUUUCUGGAAGGAGUUGAAAUCAGUAUAAAAUAGGGAGCUUAAUUAUUUUCCUUUUUCUCCAAUUAAAUUCUGUGAGAAAUAAAAUGUGCCCUCUUCUUUUUUUUUUUGGCAAUGAAAUCUUGAAUUCUCUAA